AUGCUACAAAGCGAAACCGAGCUCGUGGUCAUCGAGGGCCAACGGUAUAACGGUAUGCGGUAUUUCGCGAAACGUGAUAUGGCUACUCUGCUCGAAAAUGAGUGGGUGUUCCUUUUGGAAGACAUGCUGUGGUCCGCGCAUGCAGCUUCUGUGAAGCAGCGGAGGAUGGUGCGCGGGACCACGAUUAUCGAUGCUGCGGGUGUUUCACUCUCCAUCGUGCGGUACCUCCCGACAUUUAAGCCAUGGUUGGUCGUCAUGAAUGAGUUCUACCCGGACUUGGUGAGAGCCAUCAUCGUCAUAAACGCUCCAGCCGUCUUCGUCGAGAUUUGGCGUUUUCUUUCAGUGUUGAUCGCUCCGACCACUGCUGAGAAAGUGCGGAUCUACGGGUCGGACUUCAUCGCCCCGCUCAGGGAGCAUGGAGUCGAUCUUGAAAUUUUACCUUCCUACCUGGGCGGUCAGUAUCAGGGCUCACGCCUCUCCGCUUUCAUGAAGAUCCCCAAAGGCGUAAACGUCACCUUCGGCGGCAUUUAG